GCAGAGAUACACGCGCUCUCACUCUGACACCGCCUAUCUUUCAAUCUCACCAACCAACGCAGCAACACCACACGGAGCAGCUGUGUUUUUGUCCCAAGAGUUCAAAGAGAGAGUGAAAGAAGCCACAAUGAAGACCCAAAUUCGUUUCGCGUUCUCCAUUCCACUCUUUGUAGUUUGUUUUCUGGUUGGUGCCAUUUCCACAGUGAAUGGUGACUACUGUGAGGUAAACGUCUGCAGUAACGGAGGGAUCUGUGUGACCGGGGCCGGAGCCCCCUUCAUCUGUAUCUGCCCCGACGGAUACACUGGUGACACCUGCAACGACACAGAGGCUGGGCCCUGCAACCCCAACCCCUGCAAGAACGAUGCCAUCUGUGAGGUGACUGGCCAAUCACGCCGAGGGGACGUCUUCAGCGAGUACAUCUGCAAGUGCCAAGAUGGCUUUGACGGAGUCCACUGCCAGAAUAAUGUGAAUGACUGUGCCGGCCAGCCGUGCAAGAACGGUGGCUCCUGCAGGGACCUAAAUGGAGACUUCAACUGCCGCUGUCCGUCCCCCUACGUGGGCAAGCACUGCCAACUGCGCUGUAUCUCUCUGUUGGGCAUGGAGGGCGGAGGCAUUGCAGAGUCUCAGAUCUCGGCCUCGUCGGUGCACUACGGCAUCCUGGGCCUGCAGCGCUGGGGGCCCGAGCUGGCCCGUCUGCACAAUAAAGGCCUGGUAAACGCCUGGACCUCUGCCUCCCAUGAUAGGAACCCCUGGAUAGAGAUAAACCUGCAGAGGAAGAUGCGUUUCACGGGCAUCGUGACGCAGGGCGCCAGCCGCAUGGGGUCAGCAGAGUUCAUCAAGGCCUUCAAAGUGGCGUCGAGUUUGGACGGGAGGACCUACACCGUGUACCGCCUGGAUGGGCAGAAGAAGGACAAUGUGUUUGUGGGGAACGUGGACAACGACAGCACCAAGACCAACCUGUUUGACCCUCCCAUCAUCGGCCAGUACUUCCGCAUCAUCCCCGUGGUCUGUCGCAAGGCCUGCACCCUGCGCAUGGAACUGGUGGGCUGUGAGCUCAAUGUGUAUUCAAACACGGCAGGUUGCUCCGAGCCCAUGGGCAUGAAGUCGCGCCUGCUCUCCGACCGCCAGAUCUCGGCCUCCAGUGUCCACCGCACCUGGGGAAUUGAGGCGUUCACCUGGCAGUCCCACUACGCCCGGCUGGACAAGCAGGGCAAGACCAACGCCUGGACGGCGGCCACCACCAACCGCUCCGAGUGGCUGCAGGUGGACCUGGAGUCCCCCAAGAGGAUCACAGGCAUCAUUACCCAGGGGGCCAAGGACUUUGGGGCAGUCCAGUUUGUUUCUGCCUUCAAGGUGGCCUACAGCGACGACGGCCAGUCCUGGAGCAUAGUCAAGGAUGACGUCACCAGCACAGACAAGAUCUUCCCGGGUAACAGCGACAACAACGUCCACAAAAAGAAUGUGUUCGAGCCUCCCUUCUAUGCCCGAUUGGUCCGCAUCCUGCCGUGGGCGUGGCACGAGCGCAUCACCUUACGAAUGGAGCUGUUGGGCUGCGAUGAGUAGCCCCGUCCCCGCCCAAAUCUCCUCCUCUUUCCCUGCCCCUCUUUCUCCUCCUUUCCAAAACCUCCUGAGCCACGCCUGCACUGCCUUGCUCACACCCGUAGAGGGCAGCAAAACACCACGCCACCACCACAACCCUGCCCCGACUGGAGAAGGUACAAAAUGGACCCUAACCACUGAUCUAGGGUCAGAUUAGCCCACCUAAUGGUUACGGGUAGGAUUAGGUAGGGGUAAUCUGAGCCUAGGUCGGGUGCUGAAGGUCAAUUUGUACGUCGAGCGCACAGACUACUGCUAUGUCAGCCGGAACUACAUGGACUCUGAACCUGUCCUUCCUAGAUCAGGGCCUUAUUCAGAGUUUUACAGUAGGAGUGCUGAUCUAGGAUCCGGUUCCCCCUCUUAUUAAUAAUUAUUAUUUUAAGGCAAAACUGAUCCUAGAUCAGCACUGCUACUGUGAGACGCUUUAUGAAUAUGGGCACAGAAGACUGAACCUGAGACCCAUCGCUAGUGAUGUACAAUACAGUAGUAGCUAACUUGGCUGAGAUGUUUUUCCAACUGAGAAUUGUCACCUGACCAUCCAGAGACACUGAAGUGCGUAGUAGUAUUAUCGAACACCCUCGUGUAGUCUUAUCGCCUAGCCAUUUUCUUGAUUCUGCAGUGCUCCUGAAGAGAUGUGUUUUGCGGGAGUUUUUGUUUGUGUUUUAUUUCGUUGGGCUUCUUAACCAGGGAAAGACCCGUCGUGUGACUAUAGGAUUUAUAAGAUUGACUUGUAUGUUUUGAAAAAGGAAGGUAUACCAAAUGAAUUUCACUUUGUUGACAAAUUGAUGGUGUUGGUUGACUAGUUGGGAAUGCAUUAUGAUUUAUUAGCCAUGUUUUUACUGAAUGCAGUUUUUCCAUAUAAGUAGCAGACUUAACAAAAAAAUAGAAAGCAUGUAUAAAAAGCUGGGGAGACACUCUUAUUCUGUAAUCUUGUGACAUUGAGUGAUAUUCAAAUCCCAAAAAUAGUUUAAUGCAAGUUUAGUUUAUAUUUUUUUGCUAAAGGGUAUCUAAAAGUGCAGUAAUACUCCUACAGUAUGUGGUGUUCUAUAACUCAAUUUGCUCUGAUUGUGAUGUCUGUCCUUUCAUUAAUGCACUGUGAGUUGUGACGUCAAUGUAAUGCAUUUAUUACUAAUUGACUAAUAUUAUGAAGUGACAUAGAAAAUAGGGGGUUAGCAAGUUGAUGAUGCUGCCAGAUGUCUUUUUGAGAUGAAGGCAGAUCAAUUCUAGCCUGAUCCCAGAGAUGUUUGUGCUGUCUUGACAAACACGAUCAUAGCAGUUGGCUAGACGGCACAACAGAUCUGGAACCAGGCAUAUUUUCAUAUUGUAUGUGCUACUAAUGUUGUUAUAACCCUUAUGAUACACAGCUCAACUUAAUAUGAUUUCGUUUUCCCAUUUUUAAAAGGCACUUUCAGGGUCAAAGCUGUAUUAUUGUUUGCUGAGGUAAAUAUGUGGAAACUCAAGGUUUUCUACAUUAAAGAAAUAAAGUACAGAUGUUGACAGACAUAUACAGGUAACUGCCGAAAUAAAGGAAACACUUGAGUAAAUGAGGGAUACAAAUGAUAUUGAAAGCAGGUGCUUCCACACAGGUGUGGUUACUGAGUUAAGCAAUGAACAUCCAAACAUGCUUAGGAUCAUGUAUAAAACUGCCCAAUUGCUUAAUAAUGCCAAUUAUUUUGGCUACCAUGGCUAGAAGAAGAGAUCUCAGUGACUUUGAAAGAGGGGUCUCAAAGGAGCACAGGGUGUUUAAAGGGUGUGUGUGUCAGUCACCAGAUCUCAACCCAAUUUAACACUUAUGUGAGAUUCUGGAGCAGCACCUGAGACAGUGUUUUCCACCACCAAAACAAAACACCAAAUGAUGGAAUUUCUCGUGUAGGAAUGGUAUCACAUCCCUUCAAUUCGCUCCAUUAUUAUUUUUAUUCGAGAUCCAUACACUUGUAGAAUCUAUGCCAAGGCACAUUGAAGCUGUCCUGGAUCGUGGUGGCUCAAUACCCUAUUAAGACACUUUAUGUUGGUGUUUCCUUUAUUUUGGCACUUACCUGAAGAUUGAGUGUUUGAGAACAAAGCGUUUUAAUACUAUGAAGCUGUCAUAUCACUGCAUAGGAGAGCAGUUAUAUGGCUUCCAUAAUUUAUCAAAGGGCAAUUUUAGAUCUUUGACAGACGAUAGCAACCAAAAAAACAAAUUUCUGCCAGUUUUGUUUUUUUUGAGCUGGUUAUCCUACCUAAUGUAAAUACUUUUUGUAAAAAUGUGUUCCUUGAAGUUGUAAUAUGUAAAUGUUUUGCAUCAGACCAAUCAAAUGCCAUCCAUUUAUCACAAGAGGACCAAAAUGAUGCGGACAAUUCGAAGGCUGUGGCCACACUGAUAAGAUGGAAAAGAAAAAUCUAAUUUAAAAUGAUUUAUAUGGUUGCACUGAACGUAAGACGUGACAUGGCAAUCUGCAUAUUGCUCCUAGGUCAUAGCUAGCAUUGUCAAGCUCCCCCCAUGAAUGAUGAAUUAUGGGCUUGUGCAAUAAGAUAGUUUUUGAUUUGAAUGAAUAUUAAUAUGAACAGCUAGAUAACAUUGGCGAUAGAUAUCCUCUUUAAAUGCAUGUGAAUAACGAUGCAUUUGCAAGGCUAUGGAUGUAUUGUGGUGUCAAAGACUGUAAUAUAUUUAUGAUCUUUGUAGACUGUUCCAAAAUAGUUAUAUUAUCUGAUGUCUGCAUGCAUUGUAUUGACUAUAUAUAUAUUUUUUUGAUCCAACAUAGACGUUUUGAUUAUAUUGUUUUCUCUGUACAUUUUUCUGAUUCGUUCAUCAGACUCUAGUUAUUCCCGUUCUUUCAUUUCCACACGGUCCUGGUUUUAUAUGAUUCAUAAAAAAAUAUACAAUUGAUGUGUUUUUAUGCGAUAUUAUUAAUAUUGAUCAGUUCUUGUUUUCUGUGUUUCUUAAAAUAAUUCCCUUAACUCUCAAGACACAAACAAUAAAGGAUUUAAAAUCAGA